GAGAGGGAAGCAGCCCGGAAUGACACUUGAUUGAGAUCGUGGCCGGAUGCCCCGAUGAGACGCAGCAGGACCACAAGAGACAAAACAUUACAGAAUCAACAGCAGAGUUGGGACGGAAGGUGGAGAAAAACUCCCAGGAGAACCCCCCCAAUGAAGAGAACUUCCCAAGAGGAAAAAAAAACUCCCAGAAGAACCACCAGGAUGUUAUGAGAAGAACCGAAGAAUCUGCUUCGCGGAUAAUAGACUCAGCAACAGGUUUCGUGAAGAUGCUGAUGUUUAAGGAAAUUUAGCGAUUUAAGGAAAUAGUGGGAGAGUGAGCCCGCCAGACGGCGACAAGAAACCGCUCCUCAGCUCAGGGAGUAAAAGGUGGGUCCACGACGGCAUUUAGAGUUGGUGAUUGAAUUCUGGGUCCACUAGAAGAGUCUGUCAUGCAAAUUCUACCGAUGGAUUUUGGAAGACGACGAGAAAGAGCAUAAAUUACUGUUGAUGUGAACUGAGGGAAGUGUGGAAGAUCGGUUCGUCAUGUGCAUUCGUCCAGUCUACGCUGAUCACGAUUUAUCAGCAGAGUGGUGUCAGCUCUUGAAGCCCUGAAGCAGUGGAAAACGUCAGUAUAUAUGUAAUAUGAAGGAGAGGUAAUAAAGGAAGUGUGACUGUCUUUAAGACUUCGAUACACCCGCCACCUACUGGUCGACACACCCGCCACCUACUGGUCGACACACCCGCCACCAACUGGUCGACAAACCCGCCACCUACUGGUCGACACACCCGCCACCAACUGGUCGACACACCCACCACCAACUGGUCGACAAACCCGCCACUUACUGGUCGACAAACCCGACACCUACUGAUCGACACACCCGCCACCUACUGGUCGACAAACCCGCCACCUACUGAUCGACACACCCGCCACCAAUUGGAAAACAACAGACAUUCACCGAAAGUGCAACCGAGACAAUAACAUUGGUUAGAUUGUCUUCGAUCAAGAAGUGUAUCUCGAGUCGUCGUAACGACUCCACGACAUAUGCUUGUCCACCGUCGCCAUAUCCUCGCUGUUGCUCGGUCAUAUAUGUUGGACUUGCUGGAGACGUUCUCCCUCGGGUGCCUGGAGACCGGGUGAAGCAUAGAGCGACCCCAAGUCUCCGAUGUCUCGUUGCCACAACCUCGGAGGAAAGUAAAGGCGCGUGGACUUUAUGUCGGAGACCGGAGGGCGGGAGAGCUUGCAGGUGGUGUUGCGAGGGCGGGAGUCCGCCGCCAGGAUGCAGGGGCCACCACUCUACCCUCAUCAGUACGCCACCAAAGUCAGCUCCAACGCUCUCCACCACAAGCCCUUCACCUCAGGCGGCAGCAACGCCCCUACCUGUAUGGUGGGAAUGAACAAGCCCGCCCACUAUCACACUCAAUACACCAACACAACGCGCCACCCAUGCUACCCCAUGCCCACGAGCGGCGGCGACGUCCACCAGUCUGACGGUGCAGGACACGACAACAGCGGCAGUGUGAUGGGUUUCAGUGGCUAUAGCGCCUUCAGUAGCGACACCAGCAUGGGCGGCGGUGACGACUUGACCUCACUCACCUGGCUACAUUCUCUAGACAUGGGCGGCAUGGUGCCCCACCUGGCCACGCCGCCCACGCCCCCGGCCUCCCCACAGCCCCACAACCCUCUGCCGCCCACGCAAACCUCACACACGCCCCCAACAGACAGGAAAAGGAAGGCGGAGGUGCAGGAGAAGUUAGACAGAAUAGACUACUCUCAGGACGGUAGCGUGAAGCCGCCCUACAGCUACGCGGCGCUCAUCGGUAUGGCCAUGAAGGAGAACCAGAACAAGAUGACCCUCUCGGCCAUUUACAAGUGGAUUAAGGAGAACUUUGCUUAUUACAAGACGGCCGACCCCUCUUGGCAGAACUCCAUCCGUCACAACCUCUCUCUCAACAAGUGCUUCCUGAAGGUGCCUCGGAGUAAAGACGAGCCAGGUAAAGGCGGGUUCUGGAAGCUGGACCCCGAGUAUGCCGAGUCUCUCGUCGAUGGAGUGUUUAAGAAGCGCCGUCCAGCUCGACCAACACUUCCCCCACCGUCUAAGUCCAAAAAGAGCAGAAGGCCGCCUGCCCACCAGCAGGUGGUAACCCACCCACUGGGCAUCAAGGUGGUGGUGCAGCCGGCGCAGGCAGCCUUCAUGCCGCCCCCCACCAACAAACCUCCUCCUCGGCCACACAUCCUCACCCAAGAUGGCAUUGAAGUGGAUGAGGAAUUAAGGGAAGCUAGCAAUAAUCUAAGAGAUGACUUGGUUUGGUCAACAUUGCUUGGGGAGGAAGUCCAUGAUGAUUCCUGGCCAUGUCGGGCCCAAGAAUUAGUAACCGACCUCAGUCAGACUGGUGACCCAUCCACAUACCCUGCCACAAUUACUACCACCACCUCUGCACAACAUCCCCACCUGCAUCACCAUCACCAGAAUCUCCAUCACCAUCAUCUCCAUACAAGUGACCAUGCGACUUCUCAGCACCAACAGAUUGUCACCAUUACCACCUCAACCAACACACCUCCAACGUUACCAUCCUUAGAACUUAGUCCAGCAUCUCUAGGGGUGGAGGAGGAUCUCUUUACUAGUCCCGAGUAUUCUGAAGCUUCUAAUGAUGAUGCCGAUUCUCUCACUUCUUCCCUCAACAUCAACAAUGGUGUAAAUUGGAAUAAAGGAGGGUACGGGGAGCUUCCAUCCAUUAACACAUUUUGCAGUAGUUUGACUCAGCUUACCCCCUUGGAGCCAUCUACAGCACCCGUGUUGGUACAAGACGCUCAUGCUUGCUGGGGCCCUGAUUCUGGAUGGGAUGAAGCCAAGACGUUGUCCUUACUUGAUGCCAAUCUUGACUUUGAUAACCUUAUAGAUUUGGACGUUCUGUAAAACAAAAAAUAAGGUUUACUUUUGUUGAAGAUUCAACAAAACAAAAACGAUGUAAAAUGUUUAAGAUAACUGUACCUAACAGAGUGAUUACUAGAUAAAAUAUUUUAAUUGCUUUCAUAAAGUGAGGAAAAUGUAAAUUUCUGAAUUUGAAAGCAGGAAAGACUUUGGAGUUAUAGUGUUUUACUAGUGAAGCUCACAAGAAGUCUGGUAAAUUAUUAUUUUUCAUUUUGCAAAAAGGUGUUUACCAGCAAUUCUUUUACUUGCACCAUUUUACUCACCAGGAAUCCUAAAGUCAGAACUAGUCCAACCAAGUCUAGUCAUAACCUUAUUUCCUUAUUGUGGUAAAACUGGGAGUGGCCUAAGAAAGAGGAGGCAACGAUCUCUCAUACAACUAGCAAUGUAUGCUAGUUAUUUUAAUCUCCUUGUGUUAAGUGUGCCGAGUGAGAACCAGAGAGGCAUUAUUUAACCUCGGCUGCUCUCGGGAAGUCCUGAAUUCGCUGUGCCAUAGCCUGAUCAUAGAGGAGAACUUUGAGAUUUCUCUUGAGCUUGAAUAAUGUUGCUCGUACAAUGCACAAAGAAAGUACAGUAACUUUAGCACUUGUGGUAUCUUCAAACUGAAUUGUUUUCAUCCCACACAAGCUAUAACAGUUGCUAAGAUUGUUGAUAGGAAGUGUAAGGAAAAAUUCUCUUAAAAUGUGACACUAAACAAAAUGUCUCUUGUACACAUUUCCUAUAGGGUAAUUUGUAAAAAGAAUCCCUCAAAAGUAAUUUAAAUACGUACUUAAAACUAGUUUUGUACGUGUCUUUCCCUCCAUACUUGUCAAUGUACAUAGUACUGUAGUCGUGUUUGCUAUGGCAGUUUCCCUAUACUUAUUCUAGUCACUUACCAUAUAUUAUUUUAUCCUUUGAAAAUUAAAUCAUACUAUAAUAUACUGUAUACUAAUACUUGUACUUCUAAGGCCAUAGGUGUUAUAUAGUCAAUGUAUCUUCUUGUAAAAUUAGCAUUCUAGUUUUAACUGUCCAACUUGCCGUCCCAUGCUGUGAGGCGCCCAGACCCUGCACUCCGUCCAGUCUAUAUCCGUCCAGGUCCGACAAGAGAACCCUACUCUCCGUCCCUCGGUUCCUGGAAUGUGUGCUUGCGAGUCUGUCUGCUUCUGAGAGACUGCUUUCUGAAUGUGUAUUUUUGUUUCAAAGCAUGCCUUCUUCUGCAUGUGACAUUUUGAAAGUUUGCAUUCUUCUCAAAUAGCAUUUUAAAAAGAUUGAUUUUUGAAAGUUUAUCUUUUCAAACAUAAAUGUUUUGAACACAUGGCCAAACGGAAGAAUGGCAGAUCUCGUUAUGAAGGCAUCAAUUUUUGCCAAGAACUGGCAUGUCUUGUAUGAUGCACUUUUGAAGAAACUAGAACAAUAAUAUAUCUACAGGAUGAUACAUAAUAUAUCAUUGAUGGCACAGCAAUUUUAUGCUUUUAUGACAGAUAAAUGAAUACUGUACAUUGACAAUAAAAUCAAAUUAUGUGUACAAUCACAUAGUAUAGUACUCUG